AUGUAUCUAUAUAUAAACAAAAGAGCAGGCUUAAACUCAAAUAUACUUUUUUUUUCAUUGAAAAAUGGCUAAACAUCAGAGUACAAACUGGGGCAGAAUAAUGAAUGUAUCAUUAAUUAAGCUGAUUUUAUAAAUAAUCAAGAGAUCUUAGUUAGUGAUAAUGAUAAUCAAAUUCGAAUUUUCGAUGCUGAAAAUUUGAAUAAGGAAAAAUACUUAAGAAAUUGUUCUCAUUGUGUAAACCAUUGCGCAAUUUCAAACCACGUUAUUAUUGCUUGUUUAGACUAACCCUUGAUACUUGGUUUUGAUAGAAGAGACUCGAGACCUUUCCUUACUUUAAAAGGCCAUGUUUGUAAUAAUUUUGUUGCUCAAUUCGAUCCGAUGGACUCAAUGAAAGUGGCUACUUCUGGUGAGGAUAAGAAAUGUUUAAUAUGGGAUUUGAGAAAGCAUCAAGUACCUUUCGAUUAGGUAGAAGCAAUCUCAAAACCCUUCUAUAACAUUUUAUAUAAUAAUCAGGGUCAAUUGAUAUGCAUCGAAAGCGAUGACUUUGUCUAGAUUUUUAACUUGGAGAAUUCAAAGCUAUAUUAAGUCAUUGAUUUCUUUGGGAAAUGUGGUGGAUGCGCCAUCUACAAAGAUAAAAUGUACUUCAAUUUGUAGUCUCAUCGGAAAACGGGCUUAUUUGAGUAUAAUUUAAUUAAUAAUAUUAAAUUUUGA